UUUAUUAAUUAUAAGAAGAAAACAAGCACCUUGAGAAAAGUCCCCCCUCUCUAAGCUUUCAAGCAUUGUAGUGUAUCUAAUUCCCCCUCCUCCUCCCCCCUCCUAUUUUUCUCUCCUCUUCUUGAUGUCAAAUGAAAAGGAGGAUCCAUACAAUUACGAUCCCUUUUACUACAAUAUUCAGCACCGAACCAACCGGCCGGUGUCGGUGUUUCCAUUCUUCAAUGACAACAAUCUCUCCGUGUACAAUCAACAAUCACCCACACAAAGCUUACAAGGGUUUAACGAUCCCCCGUAUAUGAGCUUCACUGACUGUUUACAUGGCUCCGUGGAUCACUAUAACACCUUAUCAAGAGCCCUCAACGUGUCUUGCUCGUCAUCUGAGGUAAUUAGUCCCAUUGAAGACGGUUCAAAGAAAACUGGUGCUGGAGAAUUAUCAGCAGCUACUAAUGAAAACCUACCAUCCACGCCGAAUUCCUCCAUAUCUAAUUCUUCUUCUAAUGAUGGAGCAACCGAAGAAGACUCUGGGAAGAUCAAGAAAGAUAAGCAGCCAAAAGAGAGUGAAGAUGGGGAUGGAGAUGCUAAGAAAGUGAGCAAGACAAAAAAGAAGGAGAAACGGCAAAAGGAGCCACGGUUUGCCUUCUUGACAAAGAGUGAAAUUGAUAAUCUUGAAGAUGGAUAUAGAUGGAGAAAGUAUGGUCAGAAGGCCGUGAAGAAUAGCCCUUAUCCAAGAAGUUAUUACAGAUGCACCAGUCAAAAAUGCACGGUUAAGAAACGUGUGGAAAGAUCAUUCCAAGACCCAUCACUCGUCAUCACCACGUAUGAAGGGCAGCAUAACCAUCACUGUCCAGCAACUCUUCGAGGUAAUGCUACUGGAAUGCUACCACCUUCCCUUCUGGCAUCGACAUCAAUAGGGCAGAGCUUUCCUCAGGAUCUCCUGACUCGCUUACUACCAGCGAGUAACCAACAAGGCGACCAAACUUCGAUGUUCUAUCACAGCCUUGCUCCACAGAAUCAGCAGCUGCAGCAGCACCAGCUCUAUUCUCCUGAUUAUGGCCUUUUGCAAGAUUUAGUGCCCUCCUUCAUCCACAAGCAACAGCCAUGAACUCCCCCCCGAUAUCCUCUCUCUUUCUUUAGUGUACUUAGAUUCCCAUGGAUGAGCUAAUAUACCAGUAUGGUGCUCCCAUAGAGCAUUGAUUGCAUAUUUCUGGCAACUGGAUUUUAUAUUCUCAUUGAUUCUAUAAAAACCCUAUUCGCUUUUGUCAAAAAAUGAAUGAUAGGGUAUCCCUUCAUAGGAAUGGCAGUUUGCUUGAGCUUGCCAAACUGGAAAUGAGAGCAUUAAGUGACAGGAGACGGUGCAUGCUGGUAGGACUGCACUCAAUUUAAUUAGAAUUGCGUUUAUAUAUUGGACAGGGAGGUUAAAUUGCG